UUGUGAGUUUUAUGGAUUUUUGCGUAAAUAAAUUGUGAUCGAGUGUAAGAAAGCCAAUCAUUCUGAAAAGAUUGUUCAGUAAAUCACAAUCAAGAAUCUCCAAAGGUUUUCAUUUAAAUCCAAGUUGAACCGUUGAUUUUGCUGGUUUAACCUAAACAUGAUUUUACCAAAGAUGGUUUCGUUGACAAUUUUCCUGGUAUUACCAGCUUUUCUUCUGGUCAAUGGUCAGACCAGUGUAACUCCAGCUCCUACCUCUGCUGUUGCCACUUCUGCCCCUUUAACUCCUGCUGUUUCACCCUCUUCUGGAUCAUUUUUACAGCAGAUAUGUUUAAAUGUUGAGGAGUAUCGAUCAAUGUUUACAUCGAUUCUCAGUGACAACAGUAUCUUCAGUCGAGAUAUAAUUGCUCGAGUGAUUACUUGGGUCGAUUGGUUCUACAACACUUACAAUAGAUACAAGUGGGUCAUUGAUUUCGCCCUCGGAGCUAUGACUACAUUAUCCGUCUUUCUGCCUGGUGGACCUUUGAUACCAAUCAUUAGUAAAGUUGUCAUUUCAAUUGCCAUGGAUUCAAACAUGAGGCGGUUAAUCAAGGAAAUUACAUAUGAAGUUUGGACAAUGAUUCCACCUUCAGGAUCGGAACAGUAUAAUGUUGCCAUGGAAAAUUCAAUGGUAAUUGUCCGUCAAAUUGCUGCUCCAACAGCUAAAUUGUUUAAGCGAUCUGUUGAAAAUACUAAUUGGUCAGCUAUUAUUGGUUCACUUUCUCAACGGCUGGCUGAUUUACAGCGAGAUGUUUUGGCCAACAAACCCUUUUAAACAUUUACCUCUUCAUUUGGCUGUUUAUUAGACAAUGAAUUUUCAACUGAUUCAUGAUCUUCUAAGGAAAAAAGCAGGUAAUCAAGUUACUAAAUUAAGAUCAACUUUUA